CGACCAAAAAAACUCGCCGAGUUCGUCGGACAGGAGCAUCUUACUGGAUCUGAUUCAUUGCUGAUGAAUAUGGUUCAAAAUUGUACCAUCGGAAGCAUGAUAUUUUGGGGACCUCCGGGCUGUGGAAAAACAACCCUUGCUAGGCUUCUUGCGGAUCAAACAGAUGCCACAUUCAAAGAACUAAGUGCUACGUCGUCAGGCAUCAAUGAUGUCCGCGUGGUCUUUGAAGAGGCUAAGGGAUCUCUUGUGAUGACCGGGAGACGGACAAUAUUAUUUCUAGACGAGGUGCACAGGUUUAACAAAUCACAGCAAGACAUUUUCCUCCCGUAUAUCGAACAAGGUCAUAUUCAAGUAUAUUUUCUACAGCACACCACUUCUCUGCGCAAAACUGCUGAUAUAGUACAGUUGAUAGGUGCUACGACAGAAAAUCCUUCUUUCAAGCUUACAGGUGCUUUAUUGAGUCGUUGCCGAGUCUUUGUGCUAGAACAGCUUACCGAUGAUGACAUUAAGCAAGUUGUUCGAAAUGCCAUGGACCGUUUUUCAACGGACGAAGAGCCCUCCGAUAGACCCUCAAGCCCUGUGCCUGAAACAUCUUCUCAACCGUCAUCUAUCCAUCAUCCAUCGCAAUCAACCGAUAGUUCAAUUGACUUACCAUUUCCUUUAUUUCCUCAAUUGACAGCACGUGUUAUAGCUUCCAUUGUUUCACUUUCUACGGGGGACGCUCGGACCGCUAUCUCUCUGCUCGAGCUCGUUUUGUCCUCCAAAAAAGAUAUCACAGAAGCCACUCUACUUUCCUCACUUCGACGGUCUGUAUCUGCUUCUUACGAUCGAACAGGUGACAGCCAUUAUGACAUGAUUUCCGCUCUUCAUAAGAGCGUUCGAGGCAGCCAAGGCAACGCGGCCAUGUACUGGUUGGCUCGAAUGUUGAGCGCCGGAGAGGACCCGAUGUACAUAGCGAGGAGAAUGGUGGUAUGCGCCAGUGAAGACGUGGGAUUAGCAGAUAACCAUGCGCUUCCAUUGGCAAUUGCUACACUUCAAGCAUGCCAAGUGAUUGGUAUGCCAGAAUGUCGCAUCAAUCUUGCUCAUUUGGUGGCGUAUCUGUCAGAAGCCCCCAAAUCGACUAGGGCGUACCAGGCCUAUAAUCGAGCUGAGGAAGCGGCGAAGCUGGAUCUUACGCUGCCUGUUCCCAUACAAAUACGGAAUGCUCCCACCAACCUAAUGAAGGACCUGGGCUAUUCCCAAGGAUAUCGGUACAAUCCAGACUAUGUUCAUCCGGUGCACAAUGAGUACCUUCCAAUACAGUUCAGGGGCGAACAAUUUUUGAAGGAAGCGGGGGAUCUAACAGACCGAAGAUGGGACGAAGAUGCGCUGGUUGUUUGGGAGAAUGAGGAGAACGGAGGAAAAGAGUGGGACGGUAGGAACAAUCAGAAGUGAUCCGUAUCUUCUUUUAACGCCACCAACGGCGUUGUGUAAAAGCUUAAGUGUGGCGUUGACUGUACAUAUGGGUUCUGAGCACAGGUCAAAUAAUAUAAGGACCGCAGAGAAUCUCA